UCUUGCUUGCGCAUUCACUUGCUUUGCUGGAAGCAAUGUCCCAGGACAACAUUAAGUACACCAUGCUUCACAAACUGGGGUUAAGUGAAGUGCCACAGAUUGAGAAGACAGAUGUGGAUAACAUGGUGGUCCCGGCUCACAUGAGGAACAAGUACAUUGCCAUGCUAAAGAUCCACAAGGAGAAGGAGAGGAAGCGAAGAGCACUACCCACACUGGCCAGCAUUUUACGAGGUAUCACAGGCACUGCAGAUACAAGGGGAGACAUCCUCUUUGCGGACCCUGCUAGGCAGACGUUGGUCUUCGAUAUGAAGGGGCUGAUCCCUGAAAACAGCGAGGUGACCAUGGCAGAGCUCAAGCUCUUCAAGAAAGGCGUUCACAAAGGAGAGCUCCCUCUCAGGAGGCACAGUCGGCCAGUCAACAACGCCAGGGUCAGCGUGCACUGGGUCAAGACUCUGCCUGAUGGCAGCAACAGGACCUCACUCAUUGACUCCAGGUUGAUUCCGAUCCUCGACUCUGGGUGGAAAAGUCUGGACGUCACUCAGGCUGUGCAUUACUGGAUGAAGACUGCUGGAAUGCCCAUGUACCUGGAGAUCUGGAUUGAGGCAGAGCGUAUGGGGAGCUAUGCAGCUGAAAUGGCCAAACUGGUGCACUUUACAACUCAGGGCCCUGAUGAUCAAAUCUCAGGGAAACCAGAAUUGGUCCUCUACACCCUCAACCUGGAAGAAUAUGGGAGUAUUGGAGAUUGCAGUGCAAAACAAAGUGGAUCCUGCUGCAGGCAGGAAUACUUCAUCAACUUCAGGGAGCUGACUUGGACCCAGCAUUGGAUCAUCGAGCCCCCUGGUUUCCAGGCCUUCCACUGUGUGGGGAGUUGCAAGCAGCCACAGUGGCCCUUUGACUAUGGUGAGAGGAGCUGCGCUGCAGUGGAGAGUGCCUCCCUGCCUGUGAUGUACCUGGUGAAGAAAGGGGACUACACAGAGAUUGAAGUGGCUGAAUUCCCCAACAUGAUCACUGAGAAGUGUGGCUGCACUAUGGACAAUGUCACACUAAUAUAG